CCGCCCCUCCCUGCUGGAAGAACCAUAUAGAUAGCAACCAGGAAGACAGGUGAGCUAGAACCGAGAAGAGGGACACCGCACUCACCAGGUACUUCAGUCAUGUCUCUGUACCCAUCUCUAGAGGAUCUGAAGGUGGACCGGACCUUACAGGCUCAGUCCAUCCAAGUGAUCGCCCAAUCACAGCCUGCAGCCAUAAUGCCACCUGUGCCCUUCACCCAUGGUCUAUACCCAAACCUGGCCCAACUCAACAAUUACAUGGGACUGUCACUGACGGAUGAGGAGUUACAGCUCAAUAUGUCACUGGUUCCAUCUGGAGGAAAUGAGGUGGCAGUCCCUCAAACCCUCCAUGGUGGUCUAGUGGCUCCAGUCACUGGUAAUGACAUCGGUCUGAGACGGGCAGAAAUUAGGAAUGGGAUCCGGGAAGUUAUCCUAUGUAAGGACGAGAAUGGCAAGGUGGGCCUGAGGCUGCGGGCUGUGGAUAAGGGGGUGUUUGUGCAGCUCGUCCAAGCCAAUUCUCCAGCCUCCCUGGUGGGCCUGAGAUUCGGGGAUCAGCUAUUACAGAUUGAUAACCAGGACUGUGCUGGGUGGAGCAGCGAACGGGCUUACAAGGCACUGAAGAAAGCAGGACAGGACAGAAUCAGCGUAAUAGUCCGGGACCGCCCAUUCCAGCGUACCGUUACUCUACAGAAGGACAGCUCAGGACAUGUAGGCUUCAUCUACAAGAAGGGAAAGAUCACAUCACUGGUAAAGGACAGCUCGGCUGCCAGAAAUGGGCUGCUCACCAACCACUACCUGUGUGAGGUCAACGGGCAGAACGUCAUUGGACUCAAGGAUAGCCAGGUAGAAAACAUUUUGGCAUCAUCCGGCCGCAGUGUCACCAUCACCGUGAUCCCUACCAUCAUCUACCAGCACAUUGUAAAAAAAAUGUCAUCUGGACUCAUUAAGAACGCCAUGGAUCAUUCCAUCCCAGAGGUGUAAAGACACCUGGCUGGAAAACGAUGUAUGUAAGCACCUGAAGUAACAUGGUCAAUAGCCUGAAGGUGCGUCAAGUCCUAAUAUGCACUUUAUAUAUAUAUAUGUCCAACCUCAUUCUACACGAGGACCCCAUCACCACCACCAACCUAUGGCCUGUUCCUUUCGUAUCCGGCUCGAUCUUCUACAGAGAGCAAGACUUGUCCAGCAACAAUCAUAUUAUAUGCAGACUUUAUUUAUUGAGAAGGAUCGACCGGACAAUCCAGUUGUGGGGGCACACCAAGGAACUGUAUGUUACAAGUAACCUCAUCACUGAGAUAAGACAGAAUACGUUAUGGUGUGAUCUAUCAAUCAUAUUACUUAGCUAAAUCCCCCCUCAUAUAUAAUUGGAUCGUUCCAUUUCCUCUUCCUAUAACUAUCAUUAUGGUAGCCACAUGGCUGCAACCGUGUCUACACUAUGUAAUAGCAGGUACCAAGAAAAUCUCAGUAUUUCUUGGUGAUGCAUGGUAUUUGAUGGGAUUGUGGGUAGACCUGAGAUUUACCACACAUAGCGUGUAUGGUGUCAUACAGUGGAGAACCCCUUUAAGCUUUUCGGUUACCUGUAUACCUCCAUAUAAUCAAGAUGCCGCUGUGCUGCUAACCUGAUAAGGGUCCAAAUCUCUAGGCUAAUAUUCACUUCACGGACACUUAUAUUAUUGCUAUAUAUCAAAUUUUUCUCCGAGAUUUUUUUAACCUGAUAUGUUCAACUGAAUCUUGAUACUUUAAUAAGAAUAAAAAAAGAGAAAAUAA